AGAAGAUGCCCCUAUAGCAGAAUUUUGACGAUUUCCCCCCUUCAGGUGCCAGUAAUCCAAAUAGAAGUGGUGUCGAAAUGUUACUUUACGCGCGUGUGUGUAUACAGCAAAUGUGAUGAUAAGUAAAUGAAGAUACUUAUCAAAUGGACAACUGUCGAGAGAUAGCGCUUGAUGCACGAGAUUUACCGGUGUUGGUUUAAAGACAAAACCCAUUAGCACAAAACAAUUGCUGGAUCAGUUCUCAGUUUUGUAUGGCGCCUGUCCCGAUGCUGAACGUGUUUCUUGUUUCAUAUUCAACCUUAUGAACACAAUGUAGGAUUAGCUGUAUAUUUCAGGAUGGUUUGAGGCGUGGAUUGAUGGACAACAAACAUGAAGAAAUUCAGAGAGAAACCCUUGGUGUGACGUAUUUUUUGCAUUCAGUCAACUGAUAUGGUGGUGUGGCCAGUAGUUUUGCAUACAACAGUGAUGAUGCUGUUCUGGCUGAUGAGCGUCACCUGCUCUGGGACGUGCCCCGAGAAUAACGCCCUGAAAGAAGCCCUCACGUGCCUCCACAAUCUGACGGACGGGGAGAAUGCCAAGGUCACCAUAAGCCCCGCGGACAUCUAUCGGACCAAGCAAUUCUGCGAAAAUGGAAACUUUAGAGACUCCGUAAAUUGCUUACGUAAUUUACACCAAUCGUGUAAGGAUCCGGUGAAAUUAGAGAUGUUAACGAAAUACGCAGAUCCUAACGCCUGGCAAGCUGGAUUUGAUAGACUAUGUCACAGUAUGUCCCUAUAUAUAAGUAAAGCUGACUGCAUCACGAAGCAGAAUACUGAAAUCCAGAAAUGCACAGAGAGCAAACAAAAAGAAGUCCAAAUUUCCAACGAAGCGGGGGUGACCUAUAGCAUCAGUGAAGAUGAAGAAAAAUAUGUUAAGAGUGUGUGUGGGAUAUUCCAGGUUUCAAACCAUUGUUUCAGCACACAGAUAGGAAACAAGUGUGGUGAAGACAUUAAAGCUGUUUUAACAGACUUCAAUAGUGGUCUAACACCGCCUAUUUGUAGAGACUACAGCUUUGCGCCAGUGAGCUCCGCAAGGACCAAGUUUUCCCUUCGUUUAUCGACACUAACUGCGUGUUUUAUGUGUUUCGUGGCGUGGAUGAUGCUAUCAUGAUUAAAAGUCAAGCUGUAGUGAGUGUUUGGGUUUUAACAUUCCAAUAUUGAAAUUGUGAGAACGUGUGAAUUCCGGUGUAGCAAAGUUUUCAUGGGACUUCGAUUUCGAAGAUGUGAUGCAAGAAAGAUAACUCGUACUACGCUCAUAAGACAAAACCCUCCUUGUGCAAUUUUAUUUUUUAAAAAAAAGUAUGUGUGCAUUGAGUGGUUUUUCACUCAAUAUAUAACUGGAUAUCAUGCCAUGGAUACAAGAUUUUUUU